GUCAAUUCUUGGCGUCCCUACCCUUCUAUACUCUCCAAACUUAUUGAAAUUAUCCUAUUUGGGCUCAAAUUCCGCAGCGAGCUUCCUAAAUUGACAAUUAAUGUUCCGAAAUCUUUUCAUAUCGUAGGCUUUUGGGAAGACAAAAUGGUUUAUGGUGGAAAGUUGUCAAAGGAUUGUGAGCCAUGCCGAGUGAGGAGAGCCAAGGUACGUGGAUCGCUAUGAGAAGAUGGAGUAACUUUCUUUUUGCACCUCAAGAAAGGAUCCGCUUCCUUUGAUCCAUGUGGAUUGGGACCUUUUUGGAGCCAAGGUGGUGGUUGCCAAUGCAGUGUUGAGAAUGAAGUCUUUUCAACCUCUGACCAACCGGCAUCGCUACCAGCCACCGGUAGCAGAUUAUGCACCCCGAGAUGACAAGAUCUUUCAUAGCGGGGACCUCGUGGUCCCAAAGACGCAGGAUGCUGAUUGUGUCAGUGUGACCUAGUACAACCGGUAUGUGGGCAGUGCUCAAGAGCGUCAAGAGCCUGUCAUGGUUACCGAGACACGAGGGAGUUGAGAAUUGCAGAUAUGAGCGCAUUAGUGGCAAAGAAAGUCAAAAAGGAAAGUCCACCGGAGAGUAGACGUAAAACUCGCACGGGAAAUGGCUCACCAACUACCGUACCCAAUAACGCUUCGAACAAGACCACUUUUUUGGGUCUCCCCAAUCCUACAGACACCAUUGAGGACCAUGCAUUUUCUUUCUUUCACUCAAACUUUGUUGGUGGAAAGUCGUGUCCGUUCAAGUACAUUGAACCCAUUUAUGGUACAAUGGGGCUCCCAUUGAUAAUGAGCAUUCGUGCUGUUGGACUCGCAAGUCUUUCGAAGGCUCACCGCUCAACGGAUCUGGAGCUUCGUGCUCAAUGCUAUUACAUUUCGGCAAUAAGCUUGAUCAACAAAGCUCUAGCAACACCACAGGCCACAAAUGAGGCUAUAAUCUCCUCCAUCAUGUUAUUGGACCAGUUUGACCGAAUCAUACUACCGGUACACCGAUCCACGCAAGGAUGGAUCAAUCAUCUAAACGGAGCAAUGGCACUCAUGAAACUCCGUGGCCCCCAACAGUUCACCACUCAAACUGGUAUAGAAAUCUUCGUGCAUAUGAGAGCACAUCUUUUUAUUACCUGCUUGCAGCACAAGCUUCCUGUACCAGCCAACUACCUAAAGCUUCACGAGAACGCAUCCACCUACCUUGAUAACAUCGCAAGUGAAAUGGCCGAUGUCACGAUUCGCUUUGUCACGUUCUUGACAUCAAUCUGGGAUGGAAGUCUCUCUGACACCGAGGAAAUCAUAAGAUCUGCCACGAAAGCUGACCAGGAAGUAGCGAGUCUCAUAGCGAAAGUUUCAUCAGAAGAAAGUUGCAGAAUUGUACCACUUUCCUUCCAUUCUGACCUGGUUUAUGAAUCGUACUACACACUUUAUCGAGACCCUACUAUCGGUAAAAUCUUGAACCAGAUGCAAGCUGCGCGGGUCGCUCUCCUUGACUUGAUUCUACACCAAUGUGAGGUGUCUCGCAACCCACUUUCUCGUGCCUGUCAAGCCAUGGUACAAGAUGCUGAGGUGGAUAUCAUACGUCUGAUGGGAGCUAUCUGUGCUUCAGUUCCACAACAGGUGGGCUACCUACCUUUGUUGGAUCCUAACUUCGCCUCGGUUGCAUCAGCAAGGAUACCUUCAAUGCCAAGUACGCAGCGAAUAAGAGUAAAGAAUUCUUACGCUCAGAGUGCCAAUGUCCUUCUUUGGCCACUUUUCGUCGCCGCCAAUGCACGAAGUUGCCCAGAAAGAGCGAAGACAUGGAUCAUCAACCAAUUCCGUAUAAUCGGGAACACACCUGGUCUGGAUAGGGCUUUGGAAGCCGUCAUAAUGUUAGAGAGUGGUGAACAUAACAGUAUUUGGGAUCCUUUUUGGUACGUCGAAAGUAUAUCUUAUAUGGAUGACGGGAGGGCUUGGUAUGGCGACGAGGUCAUCCAUUAUACCGCAACCCCUCAGCCUAUGUUUACCCAUUCCAAUCCCCCUUCUGGUCGUCGCGUGGUAUUUCCAUGUCUGGCAAUCGUUCCUUUUGCUUGCCUCGAUUGACUUCAGGUAUAUUACUGGAAGCUGGGUGCAUCGAAUUAGAC